UUGCUCGACCUGCCGCCGGCGCUCCCCGGCGAGCAGGACCUGCGGCGGCAUCUCGAGGAGAUCGUCGCCCGCAACCAGCCCUGCACCGGGACCUGGCUCAACUUUUGCGGCGCCGGCUGCGCGCAGCACUACGUGCCGGCGAUCGUGGACGAGAUCGUCCAUCGCGGCGAGCUCCUCACCGCCUACGGCGGCGGCACCUAUUCCGACCACGGCAAGAACCAGGCGCUCUUCGAGUUUCAGAGCCUGAUGGGCGAGCUGGUGGGGAUGGAGGUGGUCUCGACCCCCACCUACGACGCCGGUGCGGCGACCGGCAGCGCCGCGACGAUGGCCUGCCGCAUCACCGGCCGGCGCGGUGUCCUCGUGCCGGAGACCAUGAGCGCCGACCGGCGCUCGCAGCUGCAGGGCUUCACCAAGCCGUUCGCGACGGUCUCGGGCGAGACCGCCGCGGUGGUGAUCGAGAGCCCCGGCUAUCUCGGCCUCAUCGAGACCGAGGCGGCGACCAUCGCCGACAUCGCCCAUGACGCCGGCGCCAUUCUGAUCGCGGGCGUCGACCCGAUCUCCCUCGGCGUGCUGGCAACGCCUGCCGACUAUGGCGCCGACCUUGUCGUCGGCGAUCUGCAGCCGCUCGGCAUUCACAUGUAUGCCGGCGGCGGCAACGGCGGCUUCAUCGCGAGCCGGGACGAGGCGCGCUUCGUCGCGGAGUAUCCUUCCAUCCUCUUCAGCAUCGCGCCGGCGGCGGAGGGCGAGGGCUUCGGCUUCGCCUGGUCCACCAUGGAGCGCACUUCCUACGACACCCGCCACGAUGCCACCGACUACACCGGCACGACCCAGUGGAUCUGGGGCAUCGGGGCUGCGGUCUAUCUCUCGCUCAUGGGGCCCGAAGGCAUGGCCGAGCUCGGCCGCGGCAUCAUGCAGCGCGCCUGCUACGCGGCGGAGCGGAUCGCAGCGCUCCCCGGCGUCUCGGUGCCGCAUCUGGAGCAACCAUUCUUCAAGGAGUUCGUCGUCGAUUUCUCCGGCACCGGCACCACGGUCGCGGUCCAUCAAUGCGGCGCUGCGCGGCGCAGAGAUUCACGGCGGCAAGGAUUUGAGCGGCGAGUUCCCGGCGCUCGGACAGUCGGCCCUCUACUGCGUGACCGAGCUGCACGGAGCGGCCGAGAUCGAGAGACUGGUCUCUGCGCUCGGGGAGGCGAUCCGAUGAGCGAGCGCACGGGAAGCGGCUUCCACGCCGCACGCUGGGACGAGCCCCUGAUCGACGAGAUCGGCGGAGAAGGCGGGCGCGGCCUGCUGCCGCCGGCGGUGGACGACGCGAUCGUCGAGGCCGUUGGCGACGUCGUCGCAGCGCUGCCCGAGGGGGACCCGGAGACGCUGCAGGGCACGCUGGAGAUCCUCUACCGCUUCAACCGCAUGAUGUGCCAGGUCGCGGGCAUGGACGCGUUCACUUUCCAGCCGGCGAGCGGGGCGCAGGGCAUCUACACCAAUGCGUGCCUGAUCCGCGCCUAUCACGCCUCGCGCGGCGAGGGCGGGCAGCGCGACGAGAUCAUCACGCACCGCCUUCUCGCACCCGGCCGACGCGGCGACUCCGGCGGUGGCCGGAUUCAAGGUCAUCACCCUCAUGCCAGGCGAGAUGGGCUUCGCCGAGUGGACGCGCUCAAGGCCGCGGUGUCGGAGCGCACCGCCGGCCUGAUGCUGACGAACCCCGAGGACACCGGGCUGUACAACCCGAACAUCCGCGAGUUCGUGGACAUCGUGCACGAGGCCGGCGGGCUUUGCGCCUACGACCAGGCCAACGGCAACCCGCUGCUGGGCAUUGUCCGCGCCGGCGAUACCGGCUUCGACAUGUGCCAGUUCAACCUGCACAAGACCUUCUCCGCGCCCCACGGGGCCAUCGGCUUGGGCUGCGCUGCGCGCUACGGCCUCGACCACGAUCCGGGGGAGGGGAUCGAGAAGAUCCGCGCCUUCAUCGGCAACGUGCACGCGGUGCUGAAGGCCUAUGCCUGGGUGCGCAGCCUCGGCGCCGAGGGCCUGCGCGCCGUCGCCGAGACCUCGGUGCUCAACAACAACUACAUGCUGCACCGCAUCAGGCAGAUCGAGGGCACGUCGAUCCCCUGGCCCAAGAACACCUAUCCCAAGCUGGAACAGGUCCGCUACAGCUGGGAGCCGCUCUAUGAAGAGACAGGCGUCGCCAGCCACGAUGUGAUGAACCGCAUGGUCGAUUUCGGCGUGCAGCACUACAUGGAGAGCCAUUUGCCGAUGCUGGUGCCGCAGCCCUUCACCCUGGAGCCGGGCGAAUCCCUCACCAUCGAGGAGAUGGACCAUGUGAUUGAUGCGCUGCGCCGGAUCGCCGAGGAGGCCCGCACCGCGCCGGAGCAUGUGAAGGCGGCUCCCCACUGCGCCGCUACCCAGGCCGUCGACGGCGACGUGGCAGAAGAUCCCGACUGCUGGGCCUUCACGGGGCGUGCCUAUCGGCGCAAGCGGGGGAAUUGGGCCAACGUCAAGCGCGGCCUGGGCGAUCACGGGGGCGGCGGUUACGGCUGA